GGAGAAUACAGAUCCUGGAUUAUUGAGCUACAUGGGAUUUGCGUGUUUCUUUCUAAUUAGACUGAGAAUCUGAAUUUAAAAUUCUUUAUUUGGAAGGGGGUGGGGGAGUUACUUGCUUCUAAAAGACUAUACGUCUCUUUUCUCUGACAUUUUACGCUCUUAUUCUGGCUAUCCUGUGCUCUGUAGAUGGCUUACUGCCUUAAUUGGAUAUUGGUGUCAAAGGUUGAUUAGACUCCCUAAUAGAUUUUGGAUCUGCAAGAGGAUUGCAGUUUUAAAUGCGUGGUUAAAACAAUCGUGUUUGCCAUCUCCCCUCGAACAGUUGAGAGGAAGACUGAUGUAUUACGUUUGCGUUAUCUUCUUUUUGGUUUAUUAAUGUAUCAUCAUGAGGUUGUCGGGUUUGGUUUUGUUGUUGUUGUGUUUUUUUUUCCCCUCUGCUCUUUCAUUUGCAGACCGAAAAGAAAUGAAUGUCAGAGAGGAUUUGUUUAAUCAUUUAACAGCUGACACAAGCCAUGUCCCUAACAAAACGUUGGUGAAAGAGUAGAAGAGCAGCUCUGGUACCGUGAAGCCACUUCAGCGGGUCAAGGGCAGCGUUUGCCGAAGGAUGCGGUAGCCCGGGAGUCGGGGCUGGCCAGGACGAGGUCGAUGGCUUGCAUGGAGCUUCUCUACCUGGCCGAGGAGAGCAGGCAGGCGCCCCUGGGCACCGCUGCUGGCUGGAGCCUGCACUCCCCUCCCUAUGAGCAGCAGCAGCAGCAGCAGCCAGCUGAUGAAUUCAGAGGGGCUUCUCCCUCUGCCGUGGCAGCCCUGUGCUGCGAAGCCCUUGCAGAGGGCCCUGUGGCUGAGCCCCCCCCGGCACCCCAGCUUUCCCCCUGGGGCACCUCGCCCCAGGAGCACCCUGCGCCCCCCGGCACCUCUCGGCCCUGCCACCUGCCCGAGCGCUUGCCCGGGGAAGGGGACGGAGAGAAGAAGAAAGCCUGCUGCUGUGCCCAGGAACUCGAGACGUCAUUCACCUAUGUGGAUGAAAAUGUGAACCUGGAGCACGCAAGAAGUCCCCCCAGGGAGCUGCCGCCCGAGUGGGUGCAUGAUUCUCCUUCCCUGGUCUCUGAGGAGGACGACGCUGCCUCGGAGGCGACGGCUGGGAAAUCUGUGGACUACGGGUUCAUUAGUGCCAUUUUGUUCCUGGUUAGUGGCAUUUUGCUGGUGAUCAUUUCCUACGUGGUACCCAGAGACGUGACUGUGGAUCCCAACACCGUGGCUGCCCGGGAGAUGGAGAGGCUGGAGAACGAGAGCGCUAGGAUCGGGGCUCACUUGGACCGCUGUGUUAUCGCUGGGCUGUGUCUCUUAACCCUGGGGGGAGUGGUGCUCUCCAGCCUGCUGAUGAUGUCCAUGUGGAAAGGGGAGCUGUACCGGAGGAGCAGGUUUGCGUCCUCCAAGGAGUCUGCGAAGCUCUAUGGGUCUUUCAAUUUCAGAAUGAAGUCUGGUGCAAAUGAUAAUAUGCUCGAGCUGUCGUUAGUUGAGGAAGAUGCACUUGCCAUAGAUAAUUAGUGUGGUUGUGAUUUUUAAGGCAGCAUUUCAACAGGAAAAUGUUUCAUUAAAGAAAACAGAUGCGGCUAAAGAUAGCUGGUGAUGCAGUUUAUUUGUCUUACAAGAACAUUUUUUUUCUUAAACUCUAUAGUCGAAUGUUUGCAGUAUAUGAGCACUUGUUGUAAAGGGAAAACGUGCCAGAGAAAAUGCAACUGAUACAAAGUAAUGAAAACCACUGAAUAAAAAAAGAUUUGUCAUAA